CUUCGAACUUCGAACAAAAUGAACCAAAGCUUCCCCAGUUGUAUUAUUAGCAGAGAGCCAAUUCUUGGUAGACUUACUCUGUCAUCAUAUCUUGUAGUGUCGCUACUAGCUAGCACUUCUCCUUAGCUAGUUUCUCCUUGAAGAAUUGAACGACUGGCACUCUAUUUCGUCUCAAUUCCAUAGCGCAUCAGUUUUAUUCAAUCAACAUCAGCAUGAUUCAAACACCCACCAAUAUUUUGAUGAUCGUCCUCGUGGGUCUGUCGCUGUCAGAGUCGUUCCUUUUGAAGCCAGCAUCAUUAUUUUCCCAAAGCACAUUAUCUCCUUUCAUUGGAGCUUCCUUGGCGGAGGACACUGAGACUUCCCCUGAAGCAAAGAGCAAGAAACCAAAGAAAAAGCUGAGCAAACCAAAUAAUACCGGUAGUGCAGAACAAGCCUAUGAUGCUGGUCAAAUCACCGUCCUGAGCGGACUGGAUCCAGUCAGGAAGCGACCUGGAAUGUACAUUGGUUCGACAGGUCCUGAUGGAUUACAUCACUUGGUUUGGGAAGUGGUGGACAAUUGUGUGGACGAAGCUCUGGCGGGCCAUGCCACAUUCAUAAAGACAGUCAUCAACGAGGAUGGAUCCUGCACAGUCAUGGAUGAUGGCAGAGGUAUACCCACGGAUGUCCACCCGACCACGGGAGUUUCUGCUCUGGAAACUGUGCUCACUGUCUUGCAUGCGGGAGGCAAGUUUGAAAACCAAGGUGGUAGUGGAGGGUACAAGGUUUCAGGUGGUCUCCAUGGCGUGGGUAUCAGCGUCGUGAAUGCCCUUUCAUCGUUUGUCGAAGUGGACGUUGCCCGAAAUGACAAAAGGCAUCACAUGCGGUUCGAGGGAGGUUUUCCCACAGGGAGUCUCGACGUUACUGAAUUGGAAACCCCGACAAUCGACGAGGAUAUCAAUGCCGAGAUUGAUCGAUUGAAAGCACAAGCAAGCAAAGAUGUCGGAGACGAACCCAAUGACAAGGCACUUGUACAAAUAGAAGCGCUAGAGAAGCUGCAAGAGUUUCAGCUGAAACGCAAGACAGGGACUACAGUUACGUUUCUCCCGGACAUUAAUGUAUUUAAGGGCGAAAAGGGCACGCCUGAUAUUACGUUGGAUACAUCCCGGCUAAGAGCUCGAAUGGACGAGAUUGCCUACCUUAACGCAGGAUUGCUAAUAUCCCUACAAGACAAACGACAACCAAUGACCAAGUCCAAUUCUAAGAGAAACUUCCAGGAAGUCUUCUACCAUGCGGGGGGGCUGUCGGAAUAUGUCCAGUUGCUGUGUAGCACCAAAACACCUCUGUUUCAGAAGAAAGCAUCCAAAACCAAAAAGAAGCGUGCGGUUAAAGCUGUUGGUGUGUCGACUGAUCCUGUGAGCGGCUUUCUUUCUGAUGACGGGUCUACGAUUCUUUGCUCGGGCGAGAGCGCACCCACGGACAACGUAUCUUCCCCUGUAUCUGUGUCGGUGGCGUUACGUUGGUCUUCCGACAUGUACACAGAGUCAAUCCUUUCCUUUUGCAACAAUAUUCGGACCCGAGAUGGAGGUAGUCAUGUGGACGGUCUGAAAACUUCAUUGACUCGAACUGUCAACCAAGCAGUCAAGCGAUCGGGAAAAGCCAAAGAGGGCAAUGUACCAGGGGAAUUCAUUAGGGAGGGAUUGACAGCCAUUAUUUCAGUUGCGGUCUCAGAGCCCGAGUUUGAAGGACAGACAAAAGGUCGACUUGGCAAUCCAGAAGUACGAAUUGCGGUGGACUCGUUACUCGCGGGCGAGUUGACCAAGCUGUUUGAUUUUCGUCCUGAUUUGUUGGACGCAAUCUACACAAAAGCUAGCGAAGCUCAAGCUGCGGCGGCCGCGGCCCGAGCUGCCCGUGACUUGGUGCGGCGAAAAACGUUGCUACAAUCCACCGUGCUUCCUGGCAAGCUUGCUGACUGCGCAUCUAGGGACCCUACCGAGUCGGAAAUAUUUAUUGUGGAGGGAGACUCCGCUGCUGGAAGUGCCAAGCAAGGCAGGGAUCGCAGAACUCAGGCAAUCCUCCCGCUUCGCGGAAAAAUUCUGAACAUUGAAAGAGCCGCAACCGAAAGGAUUUACCAAAAUACAGAAUUGCAAGGUCUGAUCUCGGCACUUGGCUUGGGAGUCAAGGGAGCUGAAUUCAAUCCUGCUUCGCUUCGGUAUGGGCGAGUUAUCGUCAUGACGGAUGCCGAUGUGGAUGGAGCGCACAUCCGAGUCCUUCUCUUGACUUUCUUCUUUCGUUAUCAACGAGAGUUGAUUGAGCAGGGUCAUGUAUAUAUUGCUCAGCCUCCACUGUACAAAGUAUCUGGUGGCUCUGGUCGCUCAAGAAAAGAAGUCUAUGCCUUUUCAGAGGUUGAGAAAGAGAAGGCCAUCAUGCAAAUUCUCAAGCUAUCGGACAGCAGCGAAAUUGCAGAGGCACUUGCCAGCAAGAAAGCAACCAUUCAGAGGUUCAAAGGCUUGGGUGAGAUGAUGCCAGAACAGCUUUGGUCAACUACCAUGGACGCCGAGAGACGGACACUGAUUCAAGUCACCGUAGCGGAUGCUGCUCUUGCGGACCAGACUCUGAGCAUUCUCAUGGGAGACGCGGUAGCCCCUCGAAGAAACUUUAUCAGCUCGCACGCCGAAAACUUGAGCGUCGACGACUUGGACGUUUGAUAGCGUAAUUCAUAACGAAGGCCUCAAUACCGGUAGUCAAGCUUGACAGACGUGAAACUCUGAAUGGCUCGGAUACGUAAGACUAGCACACCCCAGGUGCUCGCUCGACUCCCUU